UCGUUUUCAUCUAUGCGAAUAAUGCCGGGGUUACAGUUUAUAGUGCUUGUCACUGCUUGUCACACUCAAAAGUCAAUUUCCGCGUGGGUAUAACAUAUCCAUCGUUUUGGCUCUCGUUUAAUCAUUUUUUUGCAAAGCCAAGAAAAUGUCUUCCGAUAAUGAAAAUCCGGAAAACAGCGCUGAAAGUGAAGGCGAAGAUGCCGAAGUGAAGAAUACAGAAGAAACCGAACAAACCCCUGAUCCUAUCGAAGAAGCUCCAGUCACAUGGAGCGAUUUGGGCCUUGUAGAUGUACUAUGCAAAGCGUGUGAGCAGUUGAAAUGGAAAACGCCGUCAAAAAUCCAAAGGGAGUCGAUUCCUGUUGCUUUGCAAGGCAAGGAUAUUAUUGGAUUAGCUGAAACUGGGUCUGGAAAAACAGCUGCGUUCGCUUUGCCAAUUUUGCAGGCAUUACUGGAGAAUCCACAAAGGCAUUUUGCUUUGAUAUUAACGCCAACGCGAGAACUGGCCUUUCAAAUAUCCGAACAGUUCGAAGCACUUGGAUCUGGCAUAGGAGUGAAAAGCAUUGUAAUAGUUGGUGGAUUGGACAUGACUUCACAAGCCUUAAUGUUGGCCAAAAAACCGCACAUUAUAAUUGCUACUCCCGGUAGACUCGUUGACCAUCUAUCAAACACUAAAGGAUUCAAUUUGAGAGCAUUGAAAUUCCUGGUGAUGGACGAAGCAGAUAGGAUAUUAAAUAUGGACUUCGAGGCGGAAGUAGAUAAAAUUCUGAAAGUGAUUCCAAGAGAACGAAGAACCUUCUUAUUUUCUGCCACUAUGACGAAGAAAGUGAACAAACUACAAAGGGCUUGCUUGCAAGACCCCGUUCGUGUUGAAGUAUCCACAAAGUACCAAACAGUAGAAAAGCUGCUGCAGUACUACGUCUUCAUUCCUGCUAAAUUUAAGGAUGUUUAUUUGGUGCACAUACUGAACGAGAACGCAGGAAACAGUUUUAUGGUGUUUUGUUCCACAUGCAAUAACACAAUAAGAACAGCGCUACUUUUGCGAAACUUGGGCUUUACUGCUGUUCCCCUGCACGGGCAAAUGUCGCAAAAUAAACGGCUGGCCGCUUUAACAAAAUUUAAGGCCAAAAACCGAUCCAUUUUGAUAUCAACUGAUGUGGCUAGCAGAGGUUUAGAUAUCCCACACGUUGAUAUAGUGAUCAAUUUCGACAUUCCAAUGCAUAGCAAGGAUUACAUUCAUCGAGUCGGCAGGACUGCCAGAGCAGGCAGAUCAGGAAAAGCCAUUACGUUUGUUACACAGUACGAUGUCGAGCUCUAUCAAAGGAUAGAACAUCUAAUCGGCAAGCAGCUUCCACUCUAUAAAACCGAAGAAGAGGAAGUGAUGGGGCUGCAGGAGCGCGUGGAGGAGUCCCAGAGGAUAGCCAAAACGGAGCUGCGGGACCUAACGGAAAAGAAAGGGAAUAAAAAGCGGAAAGGCGGCGGCGAUGACGAUGAUACCGAAGAAGCCACCGGAGUGAGGAAGAAAAUCAAGGGCGGCAAGAAGAAGGGAAGGAAAUGAGCCAUGCAGUGCACUUGCAGAUGAAUCUGUUGUAUAAUAUCAGUUGAAAAUAUUUUUUUUGUAAGUA